UUCGCCCAGUGGUGGGAUUUCUUAUGUUUUGUCCCUUGUUUUUUCCCAUGUUUUUUCCUCUGUUUUCUCUCGUGUGUCUCUUGUUUUUUCCUAUGUUCUCUCAUGUUUCUUUUGUUUUUUCCCUUGUUUACCCUUGUUUUUGCCCCUGUUUCCCUUGUUUUCCCCUUGUUUUUCCUAAUUUUCAUGCCUUUUAUCAAUUUUUGUAUCCCAUUUUAUCUCCAAAAUAUUUAUUUGAUCUAUAUUUUUGUUUUUUACUCAUUUACUUUUUUUUAUCAGGAGUGGUGUGACCACACAAAAAAUUCCUUCUAUUUAUUUCCCUCCUCCUUAUCUUCAUUUCCAAUCGAACCACUGAAUUUUCUUCUGCUCAUUUUAUUAUUUACACUAAUUUAUAUUUAUUUUUUGUGACAUUUUUCCUUUUAUAAACCUUAAAUAAUUAAUAAAAAAAUGUUUUUCCCCGAACGGGUUCGAACCUUGCCCCCAAAACCAAAAAUUUUCCCACUUAACCAAAGUGACAUUUCUCUCAAUUUCACUCAAAUUUUAAAUUUUUUUCAAUUUUCAGUAUGGUUUGCCCCUUCUUUUUGACAAUUAUUGCUUAUGCAGCUAUCGCUUAUUUUGUUAAACGCAUUUUGACUUCAAUAUACAACAUUGUUUUUCCGUUUUUAUAUGCCGUCCCACAGAAUUUGCAAGUUUUGGCUGGAGCAAAAUGGGCUGUAAUAACUGGUGGAACUGAUGGUAUUGGAAAGGCAUACGCUAAUGAAUUGGCCAAAAAACAAUUUAAUAUAAUUAUAAUUUCACGUUCACAAUCAAAAUUGGACAAUGUAGCUAAGGAAAUCAAAGAAGAAUUUAAAGAAAUUGAAGUGAGAACUAUUGCUUUUGACUUUACAAAUCCAAAAUUGGAAGAUUAUGAACAACAGAUAUUUGCCAAAAUUGAUGAUGUUGACAUUGGAGUUUUGGUUAACAAUGUUGGGAUGAGCUAUGAAUUUCCUGAACGCUUUGAACGUGUUCAUGGAGGUAUUAAACGUGUUGCUGACAUCACUUUAAUCAACACUUUACCGACAACUGUUCUUACUCAUCAUAUUCUUCAACAAAUGGCUAAACGCAAUAGAGGUGUAGUGGUUAAUGUGGCUUCUUCAGCUGCUAAUUUUGACUGGUUUUAUUUGGCUGUUUAUAGUGCUACUAAGAAAUAUGUCACUUGUUUGUCUUCAAUUUUACGUAAAGAAUAUGCUGACACAAAUAUUUAUAUCCAAACAGUCUGUCCAAUGAUGGUUGCCACAAAAAUGGCAAAAAUUCGACGUUCUUCAUUUUUUACUCCUUCGCCUGAAAAAUUUACUAGCGAAGCAGUUCGAAGUAUUGGAUUAACUGAUGAGACUACUGGUUGCUUGGCACAUCAAAUUCAGGCUGAAAUUAUGUUUGGCUACAUCCCUGACUAUUUUCUUAACAAAUUUAUUCGAGACAAUUCCUUGUCUACUCGAAAGCGUGCCUUGAAGAAAAUUGAGAAUUCUGCGAAGACUGAAUAA